AUGCCAGCCAAACUCAAAUACAAGCUCUCACAAGAGCAAAUUGAUCACUUCAUGAAAUAUGGGUACGUGCGUCUACCAGACUGUUUCUCUCGGGAAAAAGCAGCCGAAUGGGCAGGCGAUGUGUGGACUAGACUUGGUGUAUCACCAACGAACAAGUCAACAUGGACAACCGAAAUUACCCACAUGGGAGACACCAAGGAAGAGGCGGUCAGUACCUUCUCCCCUAAGGCCUGGGCAGCCAUCUGCGAGCUUCUCGGGGGCGAAGACCGUGUAGCCCCGGAAUCGGCUACUUGGAACGACGCAUUGAUCGUCAAUCUCGGCUCACCCGAGUCCGAGGGUACAUGGCCCCAUCCUGCUGAUCUGCCCGGGUGGCAUGUUGAUGGCGAUUUCUUUACCCAUUUUCUUGAUUCGCCUGAGCAGGCCCUGCUCGUUAUACCCCUGUUUACCGAUAUCCAAGAUCGUGCAGGUGGCACUAUGGUCUGCCCUGAGGCGAUGAAAUAUGUUGCCCAACAUCUGUACAAGCAUCCUGAGGGGGUGACACCAUAUAUGUAUCCCCGUGGCCAAGAGCCCGUUGGGGAUCCCACGGAGACUCCGUUUUACUCGGAUAUUGUUAAGAAUUGCAACGAUUUCCACCAGAUGACUGGGAAAGUGGGCGAUGUGGUUCUUCUCCAUCCUCUGAUGUGUCACUCGAUUUCUGUCAACAGCUUGAGACAUCCACGAGUUAUCACCAAUCCACCAGUGGCGUUGAAGCAGCCCUUCAAGUUUGACAGGGAUGAUCCAUCCAAAUACAGUCUCGUUGAGAAGAAGACGCUAGAGAUGCUUGGCAAAGACAGACUGUCCGGCUGGAAAAUCAAGGGGAGGCGAGAGUUUGUUGUUCCGGAGAGGCUGAAGGAUACAAGCGGAUCGAGUGAGAGCUAG